AUGGGUCAAGGUGGCUAUCUUACUUUGGUCAAUGGGACGCAGUACACAUGGAGACAGACCUCGAAUCAAGCCACUUAUCAGGUUGAGACAUCGGGUACCCCAGAGACAGUUGCACCAGGUCAAACAUCACAGAUUUACAUCGAGUUCCAUCAGGCUUUCUGGAUCACUCGCUCCGACUCUGUAUUGAGUCGCUUCUACAACAUCGAUGGCACAAACAACUGUUCCUUUCAAAUUCUGGUCAAGGACCACCCAUCUUCAAUUCGCGUGACCUUCAAUGGUUUCUCCACACCCGGCAUCCCGAGCGGAACCGAAGUUGAUCUUGGCUGGGUCCACGAUGGGUCCACCCGUUUCAUCUUGUCUGGAGCCGAGGGCUGUUUCUCCUCAAACCAUGGAAGCAUCGAUUGGAUGAAAGACAAUUUGAACAAGCUAGGGUCUCGCCAUCUAUACCAGAUCUGCAUGCCAGGCACCCACGACGCUGGCAUGUCCUCCCGGUCCCUGUCAACCACCAUCAUCUCCGCGCUCUCCCCCGUGACAGCCAACAUCAUGGAUUCAGCGCUGCUUUGUCAAUCAAAGAACAUCUACGGCCAAUUGGCUGAUGGGUCACGCUACCUGGACAUUCGUCCAGUCAUCUCAUGCGGGUCAUUCUGGACUGGACACUACACCAAAGUUGAGGGUCUCUGGCUCGGAGGCGUCGGACAAAAGAUUUCGAGCGUUGUUGAUGAUGUCAACAACUUCACUGCUGCGCACAAGGAGCUCGUUAUUGUCAAUCUCUCGCACGCGAUGAACACGGACGUAGGUAUCACCAGCUACCGUGAUCUCGAACAGGGAGAGUGGGACCUGCUGUUCAAGGAAUUCAGCCGUGUCCAGGACCGCUACAUCGCCAAAACAGCUAAUGAUGCCGCGAAUCUCACCUCGAAUACUUUGAAUGACUUCAUUGGAUCUGGUAAGGCAGCUGUCAUCAUCGUUGUUGACGCCAACAUCAAAUUGGGAAGUUUCGAGCAUCAAGGCUUCUUUACUACGAACGAAGUUAGCGUGCAAGAUGAGUAUUCGAACACCGAUGAUGCAGUCAUGAUGAUCAACGGUCAGUUAGGAAAGCUGGAUAAGCUUUUAUCUUCAUUCAGCCCCAAGCUUUUCUUGUUGUCGUGGACGCUGACGCCGCAGAUGACUAAUUUUGGGUGGGGUGCGGUGGCCAACGAGCUUGUGAAAAGGACGCCACUCGGCUUGUUUUGGAAUGGCCCCUCAUCUAAGGCUUCAGUCAAGGACAUGGCGUACUCUGCAAACAAGUCACUUUUCACCGACUGUCUGCCACACUGCCAUCCAGCCAACCUACCCAACAUCUUGUACGUAGACUUUCUGGAGGGAAGCGAUUAUGCUGCACUGGCCAUGGCUAUUAAUGAUCUUUGCUUCCCUCCCAUGCAGUCAAAGCUCACUCAGCCGAAGCUCUAA